UUUGUUUUUAAAGUCUUUAUUUAAAAAAAUGCCGACAAUCGAAUCUUCACACAGACAAUUAUUAAAUGAAUAUUCUAAACAGAAUUUUACCGUUAUUGGACGUAUUUUGGAAGAUAUACAAAAUGAAUUUAAUGAAAUACAAAUUAAAAAAGGUGUUUGGCCAUCUCUAAAUAUUUUAAAGGAUUAUUAUGAAAUUAAAGCUAUUUAUCUUGCAAAAGAAGGAAAAUUAAUUGAAUUUGGACAGGCAAUUAAAGAUGUAGAAGCUUUAUAUGAAGCUGGGAUUAAUGAUGGAAAGCAAAUUUUGGAUUCGAAACAAAAAGAUUUAAUGUUUGGACUUUAUUUAAUGUAUUUAUUGGCUACUAAUCAAAUUGGAAAAUUUAAUUUGAAAAUUGAGAAAAUUGAUUAUAAAACAAGAAUGGGCAAUCCUUUCUUUGCUGUCCCGGCACGUUUGGGGCUUUGUUUGACAGAAGGAGCUUAUAAUUCUAUAAAUCUUGCUGAAAAUGACCUUCCAACUCCUUAUUUCAAACCUUUUAUGAAUAGUUUGAAGGAAUCUAUAAAAAAUGAAAUUGCUGAAAGUUUGGAAAUUAGUUAUCGAGCAAUUCCUGUUAAUAUUGCUAUGAAAAAACUUUCUUUAAAAAAUAAUGAGGAAACUUUGGCUUUUGGAAAUAAGAGAGGGUGGAUUUUGAAAGGUAAUGAAUUUCUUGUUGCUGGAAAAGGAACAAACUUUGAUGAUCAAAAAAUGCCAACUUUAGCUUUAGCAAGUGGAGCUGAACGUGUUCUUCAACCAUUAAAUACCGAACAAAGUUUGAAACGACUUUUUAAUUAUUCGAGUCAUCUGGAACGUAUUGUUUAA